AUGGAGCUCCCUUCGUAAGAGAAGCUUUGGAAGGACAUUCCGCAUUCCUGCUACACGGCGGUUUUGCUACGAUGGAAGAGGAGACAACCUUUCAAGACUUGUUGGGUUUCGAGUUCUUCCUGAUCCUACUCCCGAAUUUCUUGAAGAAACUGAGGCUGCCAGACAAGUUUGCCAAGGUGCUCGACGGCUGUGAGCUUCAGGAAGUGAAGCUGAGGGAGGACGGGCGCAGGCGUCACUUGUGGGACAUGGAAGUAGUGUUGGACGCGGAGGGCCACAUGUACCUGGGGCAUGGAUGGGAGCAGUUCGCCCGUGCUCACGGCCUGCGGCUCGGGCACUUCCUCGUCAUAAGCUACGACAGCCAUUUCGUGCUAACCGUGAAGGUGUUCGACCAGAGCAUGUGCCGCAGGCACUACCAGCACGACAACGAUGCCAGCAGUGCGAGCACCAGUGACAGUGGCAGCACCGUGCAGGGAGCAGAGGGGGAAAGGGAAGUGCCACCGCAGACAGGGGCAGAGGAAGACGAUGGGGAGCAGGUCAUAUACAAGAUGAGUAAUCCAUGCGAUUCAGAUGGAAGCCAGAAGGGAAGAUGUUAUUCUUCUGAGGAAUUGUCAGCAGAAGACAGUCCAUCUGUAGACAAUUCUGUGGAGCCAGCUAAUCUACAGACGGUUUCGAAUAACUAUGUCAUAUCAGCGCAGUGCUAUCCUACAAAAGCACAGAAGGUGAAAAUAGACGCACUUAUAGAGAAAAUUCAACCUAAAAUCACAGUGCUAGUUGUACAGAUGAAGAAGACGAAUGCAAAACGGCAUGGCACUCUGGUAAUACAAAAGGAUUAUGCACGCGAGCACUUUCCAUGUGAAGACACAACUGUCAUACUCCAGCUGCCUGGGAAGAAAAAGCAUUGGAAAUGCACAUUCCACAUCACGCCAUCUGGCAUGCCUGAUGCAGGUCGGCGCAACCUCAAUUUGCGCAACUUUUCCUGUGACAAUCAUGUGAGUACUGGUGAUAUCUGCCUCUUUCAACCAAUGACAAAUGUUAAGCACAGAAGAUUCAGAGUGACAGUCCAUCUCCUUCACAAAGCGAGCAUUGCGCAUUACCCUGGUGGAAGAACUGACAUUGUCUCGAAUCAUGGAAGUACAAGUGCCACGAUGGGCGGUGUGAAGGAGGAACCACCUACCGAUGGUGAAGUGUACUCUUCAGAACAUGAACAAUGUAAAGUCUCUGAGGAUUCCCAGGGAGCUUCCGAGAGUCUCUUCAUCCUGGCUGACAGAGCUUGUCUAACACCAGCACAGUAUUUGAAAUGUCUGGGGAAAGUUGAGGAGAUUAAGUUCAAACCGCCCUUUUAUGUUUCUAUCGUGAGCAAGAGCAUGCGUCAGUUUCCCAUGCUAAACUUUGUCUGGCAGUACGCAGCCAGAUAUCUGCUUCAGAAGUUUGCUGCUGGCCAUCAUGAUGGAAAUAAUAGUUCAAUCAGUUUGGUGCUUCAGCGGGAGGGGAAGAGCAGAUCAUGGACUACCAAGCUGAAUUAUAGGCAUCGCACGCUAGACACGACCAACCGGAUGGGCAUUUACAAAGGAUGGGAGUCUUUUGCCCAUGACAACCACCUGCGGGAGGGGGACCUCUGUCUCUUCAAGCUGAUGGAUAACGAGGAGCAGCUGACGAUGAUGGUCUACAUCGUCCGCCGCUAGAAAUGUUAAGAGUGAAGCAUGUCUUGCAUGCAUCUGCUACAGUGAUCUUGAACUCUGGGGAGUGGAAAACUUGUGGCUUAUAUCCAAACGAGGGGCUCCCACGUACAACAAGAAACUUAUCUGCUUAUCUAUAUCAUUAGACGUUUUCUUAGUGUUUUCUUCUGCCAGAACUUUUUGUUAAUCAGGGAGUAAUUUUAAUUGUACGAGUUUGAACAA